AUGUCAGUGGUGAGCUCCAUGACGUUCCCGAAGCCGCUCCACAUGCGCUCUCCAGUCUCGCAGGGACGUCGACACACGCUGCCGGCCAGCGAGUUCCGCUCCCUCAGCCCUGAAGACGCCAUCAGCGUAUUUGAGAUCGAGAGAGAAGCAUUCAUCUCAGUGUCUGGUGAGUGCCCUCUCCUGCUGGAUGAGGUACGUCAUUUCCUGACGCUGUGUCCCGAGCUGUCACUGGGCUGGUUCGAGGAAGGACGUCUGGUGGCUUUCAUUAUCGGCUCACUGUGGGACCGAGAGAGACUUAACAUGGAUGCCCUGACCCUCCACAAGCCUCACGGCAUGACGGUCCACAUCCACGUCCUGGCUGUCCACCGCACCUUCCGCCAACAGGGCAAAGGUUCAAUCCUGAUGUGGCGCUACCUGCAGUACCUCCGCUGCUUGCCAUACGUUCGGCGAGCUGUGCUCAUGUGCGAGGACUUCCUGGUUCCCUUCUACCAGAAGUCCGGUUUCAAGGUGCAGGGCCCCAGUGAGAUCACAGUCGGGCCACUCACCUUCACUGAAAUGCUCUACCCGGUCAGGGGCCAUGCCUUCAUGCGUCGCAACAGUGGAUAUUGAGACUUGGGACUUUUUUUUUUCUCAGGAUGGAUACCAGUGGCAGGCCCCUGGUUGGAAAAGGAACAGUUUAAGAGACAUUAGGCUCAGUGAUCAUCUCUUUAAAACAUAGACAUUUUUAAAAAACAUUGCUUUAGAGAAAGGUCUAAAAGAAUGCAUCCAUUAGGAAAAAUAUUAGGUUUUAUAUUUUCUUUUUUUUUUUAUAUCUUUAUAUUGCAUUUGAUAAAUGCUGGACAUUUACUAUCAGUUUUCUAUGUACAGUACAGUGGACAUAUGCCCCAAUACUUCUGUCCAUAUAGUUUAUCCAAGCCAUGCAGCCACAAGUCUAUAAAGAGGCUGGAAUAAUUCAGAUCUAUUAAACACUACCAUUUAAAGAACAUACAAAAGAGCACAAUAGUCGAUGAUUUCUUAAUGUCGCUUAUCCUGAUAAGCCAUUCAAGCUUCUUGCCUUCUCUGUUUGUAAAGAUACUCAGCCUCUGUGCCUGCUGAAGUCUUGAAUCAAGACAAAUGUGGUUGAAAUAGUUUUGUAAUGUUUUGUUCUGAAGAUAAUAAAGAAUAUAUUUUCGAGUU